AUGGAAAUCUCAACUUAUUUAUAUCAGGUGGAAAUCUUCCUUGCAUUUCUCUUUUGUCCUAUAGCCUUUCAACGCUCUGGUACUUCAUUGGCAGCUGCUCCAGUUUCCGCUUCCUUUGUCGGGACGGCUGUUACGACUCCCGCUUUAACCAGCCUUUCACAAGCAAUACCUGGUGCAAAUGUCGCCCCAGCCACAACUACCCUCCUCGUACACACUACUGGUGCUCAUCUGACCGGCCAUCAACAAGCGUUGCAACAACAUCAAUCAGCACAGACAAGACAUCCUAUUCAAAGGGUAAAUAUGUGUUCUAUUGAAAUUUUUUAA